AUGACGAUGUACCGGCAGUGGUACCAUGACGAGCUGGAGCGGGUGUCGAAGUGGGCAGUGGAGGCGCCGCGAUUCACGCGCACGUAUGACGAUGAGGCACAUGCAAAGAAGGACGAUGAAGGCCUGUGCAGCGAGGGGGAAGUCGCUAACACUUGUGCAGACUCAGCCGGUGCCUUGUCUGUGACUGCGAUGGAGGAAUGGGAUCUUUAUGUGUGUCUGGUGAGCGGUGCCGGUGCUGGCAGCACGACGCACCAGCUCACAGCAGCGCCACCGGGGCCCUCGCUCCUGUCACCCGAUGUGCGGAGUUGGGUGGAGGAGCUUGUUGCGCCCUUUGACUCCUCUUCCACCCUAGAUAGACAAGGAGAAGCCUUUGUUACCGAGCCUGCGCACCGGCAUGCAUCGACGCACCGGUGGCAUCAGCAGAGAGACUACGCCGAACAGCACAUCCACUUCCGUGUGGUGCACUCCCCGAAUGAGCUUCUCGCCUUCCUCGAGCACCUCAGUGACAGUCCGACAUUGGGGCCAUCCACGGGCACGGCCUUCGCAGAUGCAUCUUCCUUUAUCGUUCCUCCUGUGCCUCUCGUAGCGCCGCAGCAGCAACCCUCAUCAUCGCAGCUGUCCUGCGGUUCCUCGACCACGACAGCUCGGGGGCAGAAGCGGUGUCGCUCUCCAGGCAUCGCAGCGCCUUCUUCAUCGGUUUCUCCCUCCCGUGAAAACUUUCCACAGCGCACCUGGCGGCUGCAGCGGCAGCGACUGCUGCUCCUCGAUGGCCUCGAUGCGCUGUGGCUGCACCCCAGCCUGGGCAGCCACAGCGCCACCCACACAGGGCAGUGGUUUGCCGAAGAACUGCAUCGGCGAUUGCGGGCAGUGCUGCUGCCGCGACUUUGCCACGCUGCCUCAAAUAGCACCGUUCUGACACCAUCAUAUGCUACGGCUGCUGCUUCCCCGACGUCUCCGCACCCUCAUCACACGCUCUACUCCACCGUGGUUUUCACGAAUGGCUGCAACGGCAGCAGUCGUGGUGUUCUGAGUCCGCAGCAACUGGAGGCUCGCCUGGCUGGGCCAGGAGGAGCGGAGGGCUGGACGGCGACGCUGCCACGGCCCUCGGGAAAUGUGGUGUGGUGUAGGGCAGCCGACACGCGAUGCUUGGUUGAGCCGGCGCACCCGGGGUUAGUGUCGUUGCCAACGCCCAGCUCUUCCUAUUUGCGUCCAGCGAAGUUGUCGCACUGGCCAGGCGCCAUGCGUCAAACCAGCCGUGGCAUUACCAAGACCUUUGGUCCGUCUAACGCAAACUCUGUAGAGUCUCUCGUGACGGUGGUGAAGGGAGGCUCGCGCGUGGCGGCAACGUGGGUACUAAGUGACGUCGCAGGCGGUGAGCAAGAAACUUGA